AUGGACAAGAAGACAAGACUCAAACACGAACUACUGGUAUCUCGUCUCCAGCUUGGACCAGAAAAGACCGAACUACCACAUAUGGUGAAAGGAAAGUUUAUUAAGCCCAAACAAGCUUCUAGUACUAAGGAAGAGGAACAUCCUCCAUUGUUUCCUGCUGAGAUUCCUUCUGAACUCCGUACGGCUGUUUACAAAGCAGAUGCUGCAAGAAAACACAAAGUAAAGGCCAAAGAAGGAAAGAUGGGAUUUGAAUAUGUUUUGUCAAGAAUACACAAGGAAAGAGCAAAGCCAAUCACUGAUCACCAUGCUGAAAGAGCUGACUGGGAUCGACGCUUGGAAUACUCUAACCUGAAAGACAUGGCUGGAGAGAAGAUUCCUAUAAUUCCUUCCCAUGAAGAAUUAAGUGAUACUGUUGGUGUGUCCACUGUCACUUCUGCUGAAGGGGAAAAUGAAAAGUCUGAAGAUCAGACUGUUUCUACACAAUUAAGUUGCCAUAAAAGGACGUGCAUGACAUUUCAAGCUGGGGGUGGUCACAAAUUUGUCUGGGUAAAAAAGCCUCUUCCCUCUUACGACAAAACUGAGCCCAUUAUCGAUGAUGUGAUAGUGCAUAUUUUGAGACUGAGAGAUAAACUUGGGUGGAAGACAUCAGUACCACCAUGGGGACAUUUAGCUAAAUCAGCAGAUCUGGCUACUUUUCAGAAGCCUACAUUACUGACAACCCCAUCACCAAAAGACGAUGGAGAAUAUGUAUACUGUCUCAUAAGAAGCAGGAAUGACCCUAAAGCAGACUAUGAUCCAUAUGACCUUCAAGUAGUCUCUACUCAUGUGGCUAAGCAAAGUAAAGAAUACUGGACAAUUACAGCAUCAUAUGUAUCCAAGUUUACUUCAGUGAGUGGAAAACAGCAGAUGGAAAUAAUACCAGUGAUGGAGUGGCUAUAUGAAAGGCAACUUUAUUAUGCAUUACGUUGUAUAGAUAUAUGCACUGAUUUCAGAAAAAAGAAAUAUUUUAUCAACUGGAGAAACAAUGUUAAGAGAUCAAAAGUAAAAAGGAGCAAAAUGGUGAUGUAUGAGCAACUGUUUUUUGCUGAUGAAAUAUUACAGAAAUGUUUGCUUUAUAUGCAAGGAUUGUGUGUGGAUAUUAGUAACCCCGAGAGGCACAUAUCUUCAGAAGAUAAAGCUAUCCAUUUCAUAAAGAUAGACACAUCCUACACAUAUACUUUGGAAGAAUUUUGUGAGAAACAGUUUCAACAAAGUCAACAAGCACUUGCUCAAAUACAAACUUUUAAAGACAAAGUAAUCAAAGUAAUUCGGAGUGCUUUCUUAAGGGUGGCAGAAAUGAAGGGAGCUGAAUGGCUUUUUCAGCACUUAUCAGAUGAUGUCACAGAGAAACCGAAACACUUUGAGAUAGCAGGAUGGCGGCAUGUUAUGGAACGGUUUUCUAGGUUUCUGCAGCUUGUGGACAGGAUCUUUCAAGAGCUGCUUCGCAAAUUGGUUCACAAUGCUCUAAAUCGUCUUAUGGAGAUAUUUAAAGGUUCCAGUAAUUUGACCGUUUUAAAAGUGAAGACAAACGAAGAGCUUAUAAGGAGCCUCUACAUGAGCACUCAGAGUUAUACCAGUUCAAGAGCUGAUGUAACUAAAUUCUACCGAUUGCACUUAAUAGGAAGGAAUGGUCCUCCUGACCAAUGCACUACUAUACCCCCACAGAAGGAUGCUUCUGUGGAUGAGAUACUAGAAGAAGUGAAAAAUCAACUGAAAGGAGAAGAAGAAUAUUCACCAAUAUUUGAAGUAAAUAUAUGUCUGCGGAUUCCCUAUGAAAAGGACUAUCGUAGAAAAUAUUACCAGGGAAGUGAUGAUUAUAUCCAAGAAACUCCAUUGAACUCUUUGAAAGAAAUAUUAGAACAUGAUGAAAAUUUGAAAACCUCAUCUCAGUGUAAUACUGAAAACAAAUGUGAAGAACAGUCAGAAAAUACACAAGAGUCAAAUGUACUCAGUAGCGAAAACAAAGACCAAGAGUCAAUUUGUGAAUUUGAUUAUGAGCCACUUGUGUAUAAGAGUUCUCCAGAAUUCUUUACAGAUACAUAUUUAAAUCCUAAUAAAAGAGAGUUUUCAAUACAGUUGCAAGGAAUUCUGGAUGGCCUAGAAAACACCAUUGAUCAGAUUAUACCAUUUUCUCAGGAAGCUCAGCUAUCAAUCUUUGUUGAUCAAUCUUUACAUAAAAUAAUGCAGCCAUAUGAGGCUUACAUUGAUUCUGAACCAAAACAGGGUUUAGCAAAAUGGCCAAACUGUGAUCUCAUCCUAGGAACAGAUCCAGAUUACCAAAGUAAGAUUCUGACUCUUCUGGCUCUUCAGAGUUGUUCACUGACCCAAGUAGAAAGUUACAGCAGAAACUUUAUGGAAUACUGCAAUAUGGUAGAUAAAGCAAAGCAUAUAACUGACAGGAUAUCAGCACUAAGAAGAGAAAUGUCUACCCAUGAGUUCAGAAACAUUCUGGAACAUUAUACAGCUGAUACCAUGGAGACUGUAUCUAUGAUCAUUGAAAGACGUAUCUCUAUGUGUAAGGUCAAAAGUCUGAACUUUCAGACAGACUGCUUGCCAUAUUUUGAGGCUUUGCUUAAUGUAAUUCAUUCACACUUUUAUGCGGCUAUUGAUGCAAAGAAUCAACACCUUGUAGAAGUUACAAGGACAGCAGUAGCAAAGUUGAGCAAAGAAUUGGUAACAGUGGAUGGAUUCAUUGAACAUUUGCUAUAUCUCAGUGAAAUUUCCUCACAACUACCGGAUAUAAAAAUGCAGUUUGAGUGUCUUUCUGAGCUCUACUCCAUUGCAAAAGACUAUGAUAUCUUUCUUCCGCUUCAGCAGCUUGCUCUUUAUCAAACAGUCGUUCGCACACUCCAGAAUCUUCAAUCAGCAGUCCUUAUUUGUGAAAAAACGAAGGAUGACUAUAUUAUAAAAUUCAAUGAAGGCUUGGGAGAAUAUGUUGACAACCUGCAGGCUGAAAUGAGGGAAUACAAAAACAAAGUAAGAAACCCUGUCCUUCUCCUCAGUGAAACAUUGCCUAAGACAGCCAAAGAGAUGAUUGAAAGCCUUAUUGAAGAAGCAGCUGUUAUUAGUGAGAAAAUUGUGAAAUAUGCAAAUUAUCAGACUGUUUUUGACAAUUCCAUUAGUGACAUGAAAUCACUGUCAUUGGAAAAGCUGUCACAUAGCGGUCAGUCUGGGGAUUCUCAGAGAGUGAAUGCUGAGCUCUCUGAAAUUGAAAGUGAACUUGCAUUGCGUAAAUUGUUGUGGGAUUCUCAGGAAGAAUCGAGUAAGCUUUUCUUCAGGUGGAAGCACACAAUUUUUUGGAAUCUUGAUGUCGAUUUAAUUCAAACAGAUGUCAACAGAUUCAUGCAGAUUGUACAUAUUCUAGAAAAAGGCUUGCCAGAAAACACAAUUUUACCUGCUUUGAAGAAGUCAUUGAUGGAUUUUAAGGAGUUCCUGCCUUUAAUCAUAGCUUUAAGGAAUCCAUGUCUUCAAGCAAGGCACUGGGAAAUAAUACAGAAUAUUGUUGGAGGGUCCAUUUCUUGGGAUAAAAGAUUUACCCUGGAUAAGAUUCUGGAACUUGAUAUAUCUCAGUGCAGGAAAGAAAUAAAUGAAGUAUCGAUAACAGCUACCAAUGAAACAACUCUUGAAGUAAUGCUGAAAAAAAUAAUUGCCCUUUGGUGUAAAACCAAUUUUCAUCUAUCUCCAUAUCACACUGAAUCAUCGUCUACUUUGAUUAUUUCAUCUGCUGAAGAUAUAACUGCUUUGUUAGAAGAUUCUCAAGUGACAAUUUCAACAAUUAAAGGUUCUUGUUAUGUUGGACCAAUUAAGAGUCUCGUGGAUGCUUGGGAUCGCAAAUUAAAUCUCUUUUCUUGUACUCUGGAGGAAUGGUUAACUUGCCAAAGGAAUUGGAUUUAUCUUGAGCCAAUCUUCCAUGCUCCAGAAAUAAAAAGACAGCUUCCUGGGGAAGCAAAUCUUUUCUCUCAGGUUGAUAACAAAUGGAAGGAGAUCAUGAAACGUACAGAAGAAAAUCCAAAUGCUCUUAAGGCAACUACAACACCAGGAGUUUUUGAAAUGCUGCAGAGCAACAAUGCACAUCUGGAGAAGAUACAGAAGGCUCUUGAGGACUACCUUGAAGUGAAACGUAUGCUUUUCCCAAGAUUUUAUUUUCUCAGCAAUGCUGAACUUCUUGACGUAUUAGCUGAAAGCAAAAAUCCUGAUACUGUGCAGCCUCAUCUUGCAAAAUGUUUUGCAAAUAUAAGGAAGUUAUAUAUACGCCCUCAAGAACAGAGACCUCCAGUGAUUUUAAUGAUCAGGUCUGCUGAAGGAGAGAUUCUUCUAGUGCCAAAGAGCAUUCGUAUUAGAGGUCCUGUUGAACAAUGGCUAGGAAGUGUUGAAAAUACUAUGUAUGAUAUGGUGAGAAGAUUUAUAACUGUUGGGGUGGCAGAAUGGCACCUAAUGGAAUUUAAAGAAUGGUUCUUUACUCACCCAGGACAGGUGGUUCUACUUGUGAGUCAAAUCAUGUUUACUGAGGAAUGUGAAACAGAUCUGCGAUGUUCUAAUCCAAAAAAGGAGAUGAUAGCAGGCCGUGAUGACCUGAUCAGCCUUCUAGAGCAACUAGCAGAGAUAGCAUCAGAUAUUCUUCCUUACCAUAAACAAACUACAUUGGAGGCAUUGGUUAUUCUGUUCAUCCACUGCAGGGAUGUACUAACGACAAUGAUAGAUCAUGAGAUUUAUAAUGUUGAACAUUUUGAAUGGACAAGGCAGUUGCGUUAUGAAUGGCAUGAACUCAGCCCAUGUAAGGUCAUUCAAGGUUAUGCCUCCUUUGAAUAUGGUUAUGAAUAUUUGGGCUGUUCUCCACGCUUGGUUAUCACCCCGCUCACAGAUCGGUGUUGGUUAACUGUCACUGGAGCACUACAGCUAAAUCUAGGAGGCUGUCUUGCUGGUCCAGCUGGUACAGGAAAAACAGAAACAGUCAAAGAUCUAUCAAAGGCCUUGGGAAAACUCUGUCUUUCCUUUAACUGUUCUGAAGGCUUGGAUGAUAAGGUGAUGGGGAAAUUGUUCUGUGGGCUGGUCCAGUCUGGAGCAUGGUGUUGUUUUGAUGAAUUCAAUCGGAUAGAUAUAGAAGUCCUUUCUGCAAUCGCUUCACAGAUUCAGGCAAUCAAGGCAGCUAAAGAUAGCCAGACUGUCAGAUUUAUUCUAGAAGGAAAAGAAAUCCGGCUGAAACCAUUCUGUGCAAUCUUUAUUACCAUGAAUCCUGGUUACAAAGGACGUGUAGAACUCCCAGACAACUUAAAAUCAUUAUUCCGCCCUGUCUCAAUGAUGGUCCCGGACUAUGAACUCAUUGCUGAAAUAAUGCUGUUUUCAGAAGGUUUCAAAUCAGCAAGAACACUCUCGGGAAAGAUUGUAAAUCUUUAUCAUCUUUGUAGCAAGCAACUGUCACAGCAGGAUCAUUAUGAUUUUGGCAUGAGAGCCAUCAAAACUGUGCUGCUAAGAGCUGGUCAGAAGAGACAGGAGUUAAAAACACAGUAAAAAAAAAAGUUUUCUGCAGUAGAAGAAAUUUUCAUCAUGUUCAGUGUGCUGAAAGAAGUAAAUUUACCAAAAUUUCUUGCUGAGGAUGUUUUACUUUUUGAGGACAUUAUGAAAGAUCUGUUUCCAGAGAUGAGAGUUCCAAAAGUUAGCCUCAAGCGACUAGAGGGCGCAAUAUCUCUUGCAAUACAGCUGUUAGGUUUGCAGCCAUGGGAAAGUCAGAUAGCGAAGGUUAUUCAGUUUUACAACCAAAUUGUGGCUUGUGUUGGUGUGAUGCUAGUAGGUCCUACAGGUGGAGGGAAGACUACAAUUAGAUCAAUCUUAGAAAAAGCCUUGAUGGUCUUACCACUGAUGGAAAUGGACAGUGGUACAAAAAUUGAUAAUUCUUUAAAGAAAGGCAAAGUGGACACUUUUGUUAUAAAUCCAAAGUGUGUUACUCUUGGUGAACUUUUUGGAGAGACAAAUACUAGCACCAUGGAAUGGUCAGAUGGUCUGUUAUCAUCAGCAGUUCGAACGUUUGCCCGACUUGCAGGCAAAAAGCCUAAAAAGAAAGAACCAGGCAUUGGUACAAAUUCUGAAAUGCAAGACUUGUACACUCUGAACACAGUGACUACAGCUGAUGCAAUCCUAACUGAUGAAACACAACCAACAGAAAAUACAAAUGAAGCCAUCACUGACUGGCAAUGGAUUAUCCUGGAUGGGCCAGUAGAUCCAUCUUGGAUAGAAAAUUUAAAUUCCGUGCUAGAUGACACCAGAAUGUUGUGUCUUGCUAAUGGUGAAAGAAUCUAUUUAUCACCAGGAAUCAGAAUGGUAUUUGAGGUGGACAGCCUCUCUCAGGCCAGCCCUGCUACUGUUAGUAGAUGUGCCAUGGUUUAUGUGGACCCAGUUGAUCUAGGAUGGGAGCCAUAUGUUAAAACAUGGCUAGAAGGCUUUUCUGAAAUAAUAGCACAGAGUGAUAUGGAAUACCUUGAAAGUUUGUUUCACUCAAGUAUAAAAGGAGGGAUGGAUUUUCUGAAUAAGCAUAAGAAUAUGCAAGCGUUUCCUGUACAUCAGAUGGGGAUUGUAAUGAAUAUUUGCAGAAUUGUUGGUUCAUUUAUUCACAUAAUUAAGGAAAGUGGUGGAUUGCAGAUCAGUAGUAAAAUAAGACCAAGCACAGUGAGUUUCUGCACAGAGAUCAAGAGCAGCACUUCUCAGUUUUCAGGUGUAACUGGUGCACUCAGUGGAGUGGUCCCAUCAAUAAUGAAGACAAGAGAAGAAUCGAGAUGGUUUUGGGAGAAACACCCUAAUAAACUACCAGUAUUGCUAGGAAAACUUUUCAUAUUUGCAUUCACAUGGGCUGUUGGGGGAGUUUUAAGACGAGAGGAAGAGCAUGAGGGUGAAACUCUGAUUGGUAUAAACACCAGCCAAGAUGAUCUUGCAAAAGUAACACGUGACUUCAAUUACCUUGUUCAUGAUACGUUUGAAAGAAAGCCUCCUGCUAAUAUUCAGAUCCCCACUGGAGACAAAACUAUUUUUGAUUAUUUUGUAGAUAUGCAGUCAGGAGAAUUUGCACCAUGGGCACAUUUAGUACCUACUACACAGUUUCUUAUUCAGAAGGUUUCAGCUAUGAGUUUGCCAAGAGAGGGGCCAGAUUUAGAAGGGUCAUUUCGAGCAAAUAAGAAAAGGACUAUUGUUUCUACUCUUCAGUUGGGUACCCAUACCAGUGCCACCCAAGCAAAGGCUUUGAUUCUUCAGAAACUAAUAUUGAAAAGUAAAGAUAUCUUAGAUGUUCCACAUUCUAAACAGGCGUUACUCUUUAUCGAUGAUCUCAAUGCACCAAUACCAGAGGAGUAUGGAUCUCAGCCACCGCUUGAACUAAUACGGCAGUUAUUAGAUUUGGGAGGAUUUUAUGAUACUCGGCACCUUGAUUGGAAGGUUUCUCUGGGAUCAUACUUUUAUAUCAACAGAUUCUUGGUUGAAGUUCAGAAAUGCAAGGACUCUUUAACAUGUGCUUCUAUUGCUUUGUACUACAGAAUGUUUCGUAAAAUGCUACCAACUCCAGCUAAGUGUCAUUACACAUUUAACCUGCGGGAUUUAUUUAAGGUACUUAAAGGAUUGCUCCAAGCCCACAAAUCUGUCAUUGUCUCAAAAGAAACAACAGCAUUGCUCUUUGUGAAUGAAUGUACCAGAGUUUUUCAUGAUCGUCUGAUUGAUUCUGCAGAAAAAGAGAUGUUCUAUCAAUUUCUUUCCAAUGAACUCCGUAACUAUUUUAAACUUUUUUGGUCCAAAGAGAAAUUGAUGGAGGACCCACCCAUAUUUGUGGAUUUUCUAGAACCAAACACACAUGUGGAAAAGAGAAUCUAUAGAAACAUCACUAAUCAGAAGCGUCUUCUUUUAGUACUAGAAGAAUACUACAUGAGAAUGCAGGCCAUACACCCUGAGGUAACAUUAAUAAGUCUGAUAUUUUUUAAAGAAGCUGUACAGCAUAUAACAAGGGCGGCAAGAGUUUUUCGACAAGAAGGCAGUCACAUGAUACUUGUUGGUCUAGAUGGAAAUGGGAAAGUAACCUCUGCCUCCUUAGCAUGUUACUUGUCUGAAUGCAGCCUCUACAAGUUAUCUAUUUCCCGCACUUACAAUCAUGGAAAUUUUAGAGACGACCUUAAGGCAGUCUAUAAGAAGGCAGGCCUGGAAGGCAAGAGGACUGUUUUUCUCAUCACUGACUCAGACAUAAUUCAGGAGUCAUUUUUAGAAGACCUGAGUUGCAUUCUGAAAUCAGGACAAGUGCCCAACUUAUUUGAGAAGGAAGAGUUGGAUAACAUCAUUGUUCCGCUAACAUCUGUUGCUGAAAAGGCAAAGCACCCCAACAAAAUAGAAAAUAUCUAUUCAUUCUUCUUAGAGCGGGUACGUACCAAUCUUCAUGUAGUUUUCACAACAAGUGCUGCAGGGCUGGUCUUCCGUCAGCGUUGCCGGACGUAUCCUGCCAUUGUUAAUUGCUGUACAAUUGACUGGUAUGAUGCUUGGCCCGAAGAAGCCCUUUGUCAUGUUGCAAAAAGCUACUUUAGGCAAGAUGACACGCUUGGAGAUGAGAAUUUCAGAAAUGUGCUUGUGCAGAUCUGUGUUAAUAUUCACAAAAAUGUAUCCGUCAUAAUUGAAAAGUACUUGAAGGAAACGAAAAGGCACUACUACAUUACUCCCAAUAGUUACUUGCAGUUCAUAAACACUUUUUCAACCAUAUUAAAGUCAACAAAAGAGAAGAAUCUGAGCAACAGAGCUUGCUAUAAUUCUGGACUGACCAAAAUCCUGGAAGCAACCUCACAGAUUACAGACAUGCAAGAUGAGUUAUUUGUCCUUGGUCCUCAGAUAGAGAAAAAAUCAAAGGAAAUAGAGGAACUUGUGGAAAGGCUUCACAAAGAUGCAUUAGUAGUAGAACAAGUUCGAACUAUUGUUAAGCAGGAUGAAGAAACCAUGGCUGCAGAAACACGCAUUGUGGAAGAGUAUGCCGAGCAAGUGACAGAAGAACUUAAUGCUGUGUUGCCAUCUUUGGAGAAAGCCCUCGCUGCUCUUGAUGCACUCGAUAAGAAUCAUAUUGCAGAAAUUAGAGUAUAUACUCGCCCUCCUCCACUGGUACUAACUGUUAUGAAUGCAGUUUGUGUUCUUCUUCAAAAGAAACCUAAUUGGACAACAGCAAAAUUACUACUUGCAGACCCUGGCUUCCUAAAGAGGUUGGUUACCCUUGACAAAGAUAACCUACCAGAAAAGGUUUUUUUGCAGUUGAAAAAAUAUAUAAAAUCACCUGACUUCAGCCCAGUAAAAGUAGGGCUUGUGUCUAUUGCCUGCUGCUCCAUGUGUCAGUGGAUUUUAGCUUUAGAUCACUAUCACAUUGUCAAAAAGUUUGUAGAUCCGAAACAAGCAAAGGUAUCAGAAGCAGAGGAGCUACUAAAACUUGCACAUGAAAAACUGGCUGAAAAACAAAGGAGUUUAGUUCUGAUUGAACAACAUCAGCAAAAUUUAGAAGCAAUGUAUGCUGAAAGCAUUGCUGAGCAAGAAAAACUCGCAGCUCGAAAAGAUCAAACAACUCGCCGUUUACACAGCGCAUCUGUAUUAAGCACAGCUCUGAAGGAUGAAACGGAACGUUGGAAGGAAUCUGUUAACAAUCUUGAUCAAAGACUGCAGGGAAUUAUGGGAGAUGCCCUUGUUUCAGCAGCAUGUAUUGUCUACAGUGGAGUGCUAUCAGCAGGGUUUCGUCAACAAAUAAUAAAUGUGUGUCUGAAACUCUGCCAUGAAAGCAAUAUUCCAGUGUCUCCAAACUAUUCGCUAGUAAACUGCAUGACUGAAAAAAGCGAGGUCCGAAGGUGGCAAAAUGCAGGUUUGCCACUUGAUCAAUACUCCACAGAAAAUGCUAUAUAUGUUAAGCAUGGACAACGGUGGCCUUUGCUAAUUGAUCCAGAACGGCAAGCUUACAAAUGGAUAUGCCAAAUGGCAGGUGGCAAACUAAGACAAAUUCGAAUUACAGAUGUGAAUUAUUUAAGAACACUGGAAAAUGCUAUGCGUACUGGUGAAUCAGUCCUGUUGCAGGAUCUUACAGAAAAAUUGGAUUCAAAUCUAAAACCAAUCUUAAAAAAGGAAGUCUACAGCAAAGGAGGGCAAGAAUUCAUUAAAAUAGGAGAUUCUGAAGUUGAGUACAACCAAACCUUCAGAUUAUACUUGACAACACGGAAAGCCAACCCUCAUUUUUUACCGGCAGUAUGCAAUACUGUGACAAUGAUAAAUUUCACUGUGACAUUCCAAGGUCUGCAAGAUCAACUUUUGUCAGCUGUUGUAAUUAAGGAACAACCUGAGCUUGAGCAAAAGCGUUGUGAGUUACUAGAAAGCAUAUCCAGUGACCUAGUAACCCUUCGUGAACUUGAACAAAAAUCACUUAGACUUUUACAGAAAACAAAUGGACACCUGCUAGAUGACCAAGACCUCAUUGACAAUUUGCAAAGAACAAAACUCACCUCAACAGAGAUUUUUGAGCGUGUGGAAGCAUCAGCAGCUACAGAAGCUAAAAUAACAACAUUGCGUGAAAGCUAUCUUCCUAUUGCCACUCGUGGGGCCAUGCUCUACUUUGUAGUAUCAGAUCUGGUUCACAUCAACUAUAUGUAUCAGUUUUCCCUGGAGUGGUUUCAGAAGAUUUUUGCAGACUCCGUAGAUUACAUGAGCAAGCAAAAAAGUGAGGCUUCUCUGAGUUCUUCCAGUUCAUUUAGGCCUGCAUCAAUUCAGCCUCUCCGGAGGCAAAGGAAACUUUCUAACAUCAAAAACUGGGAAGAAACUGAGAGUGAGCUAGACCAGUUCAGAAGACGUGCCCAAGAAAUAAUUGAGAAGUUAACACAUAAUGUUUACAAGACAGUCUCUUCAGCCCUGUUCAGUGAAAAUCAACUAUGUUUUGCAUUUCUGCUGUGCACAGCAAUCAUGAAAAAUAAUCAUGAUGAGACUCAGUUUACUUACAAUAUUGGAUUUAUAUCAGAGGAUCAGUGGAACUUCUUCCUCCACUCUAGCAUGAUGGCAAAUAUUAUGGAUACCCAGGACUCAGGUUCAUGUGCAUUUAUGAGAAUUCCCCCACUCCCCUGGAUUACAGAAACAAUGUGGAAAGAAUGUCAGUACAUGAGCGCACACAUGCCAGCAUUCAGCCUAUUGUGUGAUUCCCUCUCAUCAGAUUUUCAGCAAUGGAAUGCUUUUCUGAGCAGCCAGGAAGUGUAUUACUUGAUUAGUACAUCUUAUAGACCUGUGUCACCACAUCAAGCAUUUAAGUCACUUCCAGACCCACAAAUUGAUGUACAGAAGAAGAGUGAUGAUCAGGUCAGCGCACGUGUACGUUUUCCUUGGGAGAAGCUUUCUUCAUUUGAAAGACUUAUCUUGAUAAAAGUUCUCCGAUUAGAAAGUUUAAACAGUGCAGUACGAGCAUUUGUAAUUGAGAAAUUAGGAACCAGUUAUCUUCGAACUGGAGGAAUUAAUUUGAAAGCAGUAUAUGAAGAAUCCGAUCGCACAACUCCAUUAAUUCUCAUCCAUACUCAUGGUGUAGACAUAGCCUCCAUCUUCCUACGUCUUGCCCAGGAAAUAAAAGGAGAUACCCAACAUGUGAGAAUGAUGUCUCUAGGACGAGGUCAAGGAAGCAAAGCUGAAGAACUGAUAUAUAAAGCACAACUACUGACCGGACAGUGGACAUUCCUCCAGAAUUGCCAUCUGGCAGCUUCAUUUAUGCCUAGACUCUGCACAAUUGUUGAAUCGCUUUCCUAUUCAGAAGUGAACAUAGACCCUGAGUUUAGACUAUGGUUGAGUUCAACACCAGAUACUUCUUUUCCCAUUUCUAUCUUGCGCAAGGGGCUAAAGAUAGUAAUAGAACCUCCCCAAGGACUUAAAGGCACAUUACUUCAGACAUUUGGAUUAAGUGGUACAAGUCUGGUAACGGAAGCUACGUUCAACAAGACCACCUGUGGGCCAUCAUGGAAAAGGUUGCUCUUUAGUCUGUGCUUCUUCAAUGCUGUAGUCCAUGAAAGAAAAAAAUAUGGUGCUUUGGGCUGGAAUAUUCCAUAUGAAUUUAACUCUUCAGAUCUAGAGAUUUCCAUUCAGGUGUUGGAGAUGCUUCUUCAGAAACAUAAGAAGAUUCCUUGGAUAGCACUGCAUUAUUUGACUGGGGAAGUAGCAUAUGGAGGCCGUGUAACUGAUAAUUGGGACCGUCGGUGCUUGCUCAGCAUUUUGGACAAUUUUUAUAACCCUUCUGUACUGCUAGAAGAUUUUUCUUACUCUAGUGACUGGGUCUAUCGACCCAUAUCUGCAGAGGAUACUUUAAAAGACUGCAGAGCCUACCUACGGUCCCUUCCGGAUGUUGACUCCCCGGAACUCUUUGGGAUGCAUCACUGUGCUGAAGUCGCAUACUUAAAAACUCAAGCACAGUUAUUUGUUGAUGCCGUUGUCAGUACCCAGCCAGCAGUCACCACAGACACUCUCAUCAUCAGUGGUAGAAGAAGUCAAGAUGAAAUAGUAUUGGAAAUUGCUUCUGACAUUUUAAUAAGGCUUCCACUGACUGUGGAAGACACAGGAUGUGCACCUGAACCUAAGGAUGACGUCUCAGAAAAAAUUGCAUUUGGAAGUUUCAAGGCAGGCCCUGUUUGGGCUGCACUUAUGAAGGCUGCAGAAGGUCCUGGUUCUUUUAUCAAAUCAACUUUGCUAACUGUCUUGCAUCAGGAGAUAGACCAGUAUAAUAAUUUAUUGGCCAUAAUAAUUAAGUCAUUGCAUGCACUUCAGCAAGGUAUCAAAGGUGAGAUUAUCUUCACCACAGGAAUAGAAGAGCUUUAUAAUUCAAUACUGAAAGCCAAAGUCCCUGAACUGUGGCAGCACCAUUCCUAUAAGUCCUGUAAACCUCUGGGAUCCUGGAUUGAUGACCUUAUUAUAAGAGUGAGUUUCUUUGCCACGUGGGCUAAUCAAGUUAUCACCUUUUUGCAGGCAAGGUUUAAUGCUUUAGUGAUGCUUCAAAGGCAAACCAAAUUAUUGCUUCAGGCCUCUGAGGAUGCCGACAUCUUCAGUGACAGUGAUCAGGGACAUCCCUUUUGCUUUUGGCUUCCAGGUUUCUUUUUUCCACAUGGGUUUCUUACUGCUGUUCUUCAGAAUUACGCGAGGCAGAAAAAAAUUCCAGUGGAUUCCCUUUAUUUUGUCCACCAAGUUGUUCAGGCUGAAGAUCAAGAAGUUAGAACUUUCAAGCAAAAAGAUAGCAUAUUAAGCAAAGCUUUUAAAGUAAGAGCACAAGAAGAGGAACCUUCUCAACAUAAAUCUGGAGUUAGAAUUUUUGGCUUAUACAUAGAUGGUGCUUCUUGGAAUCUUAAUACUGCUACACUGGAAGAACCUGAACAUCAUAAGAGAUUUUAUGCACUACCAGACAUCCUUUUUUUGCCAGAAAUGACUGAUCUCUUCUCAAGACCCUCUAAUCUAGAGGAGGAAGCCGGCUUACUAUUUUAUAAAUGUCCACUGUAUAGAACACCCCAAAGAUCUGGAAUACUGUCCUCUACAGGUAUAUCUACUAACUUUAUAACAGCAGUGCGUCUACCAACUCUGACAGUGCCCAGUCACUGGAUAACAAGAGGAGUUGCACUGUUGUGUCAACUGGAUGACUGA